CGGCGGCGUGAGGGGAGGAUGCCGCUGCCUGUCCAGGUCUUUAACCUGCAGGGUGCAGUGGAGCCCAUGCAGAUUGACGUAGAUCCACAAGAAGAUCAGCAAAAUUCACCUGAUAUCAACUAUGUGGUGGAGAACCCCACGCUGGAUUUGGAGCAGUAUGCGUCCAGCUACAGUGGGCUGAUGCGAAUCGAGCGGCUGCAGUUCAUUGCUGAUCACUGCCCACAGCUUCGGGUGGAAGCUCUCAAGAUGGCUCUGUCAUUUGUCCAGAGAACUUUCAAUGUUGAUGUGUAUGAAGAAAUCCACAGAAAGUUGUCUGAGGCCACGAGAGAAAUACAAAAUACACCUGAUGCUGUCCCUGAUAGUGGAAUUGAACCCCCUCCUCUUGACACAGCUUGGGUUGAAGCUACACGCAAAAAAGCUCUUCUUAAACUGGAGAAACUCGAUACAGAUCUGAAAAAUUACAAAGGGAACUCCAUCAAGGAGAGUAUCAGGAGAGGCCAUGAUGAUUUAGGUGAUCAUUACCUGGACUGUGGAGACCUCAGCAAUGCUCUCAAGUGUUACUCACGAGCCCGUGAUUACUGCACCAGUGCUAAACAUGUCAUCAACAUGUGUCUCAAUGUUAUCAAGGUCAGUGUCUACCUCCAGAACUGGUCUCAUGUUCUGAGCUAUGUAAGCAAGGCUGAGUCUACACCAGAAAUUGCAGAACAAAGAGGAGAAAGAGAUAGCCAGACACAAGCAAUUCUCACCAAACUGAAAUGUGCAGCAGGCCUGGCUGAACUAGCUGCCCGGAAGUACAAACAGGCAGCAAAGUGCUUCUUGUUGGCAUCAUUUGAUCACUGUGAUUUCCCUGAGCUGUUAUCUCCCAGCAAUGUGGCUGUGUAUGGUGGGCUCUGUGCCCUUGCUACAUUUGACCGUCAGGAACUGCAACGAAAUGUUAUCUCUAGUAGCUCCUUCAAAUUGUUUUUGGAGCUGGAGCCACAGGUUCGUGACAUCAUCUUCAAGUUUUAUGAAUCUAAAUAUGCUUCAUGCCUGAAGAUGCUGGAUGAGAUGAAGGACAACCUGCUGCUAGAUAUGUACCUUGCUCCUCAUGUCAGGACACUGUAUACCCAGAUUCGAAAUCGUGCUCUUAUCCAGUACUUCAGCCCCUAUGUGUCAGCAGACAUGCGCAAGAUGGCCACUGCUUUUAACACCACUGUGGCUGCUCUGGAAGAUGAACUCACUCAGCUGAUCUUGGAGGGACUGAUCAAUGCCAGAAUAGACUCUCACAGUAAGAUUCUGUAUGCUCGAGAUGUAGAUCAGCGCAGCACAACUUUCGAGAAGUCUCUGCUAAUGGGCAAAGAGUUUCAGCGCCGUGCCAAAGCAAUGAUCCUGCGAGCCGCAGUCCUGCGCAACCAGAUACAUGUCAAGGCAUCACACAUCCUUCAGCAGCCACAAGGAGCCCACAAGGUGGCACUAGCAGUUUCCAGCUCUGGCUGUGGCCCGGGGCCGUUCUGUAGCGUUCGCAGUGCUGGUAAGUUUUCGUCCCCCCAGAGGAAAGUGUUUGCAGCCUCUCUGGGAGUGAUCGAGCAUCUCAAUCGAUCAUUGGCGUCGUGGAUGCUUUGUGCAGUUACCGGCAUGUAACUCUGUCCUUUAGCCUGUGAAAGAAGCUGCUCUUGCUUCAGGAUCUUGUAGAUGGGAGUAAGGGCUGUUGAAGCAUGUUUCUUCUAGGCACUGUCCAACAUCUGCCUCAAUCCUAACUGCCUGCCAGUCCCAAACCCCACAAAAUACAAUACAGUAUGGAUAUUGUUCUAGGUAAAUUGCACUCAUAAGUGGUUUUCCCCAGUAAAUUACUCUUACCUUAAAUUUCUAUGUAAUUUCCCAAGUAAUAAAUGGGAAAAUAGUGACCCACAUAGAAAGAAUUUUCAGUAAUUCUCUGUAACCACUAAGGUCAUUCAGUAGAUGUUUGUGGAAUGUGUGGUAUGUCUAAGAUAUGAUCAGAGGGGCUCAUUAGUAUGGAUUUAAUCAACUUGUGCAGCACUUUUUUGUUAAGGAAAUGCCAGUGGUAGGCCAUGACAGGUUCCUCAUGCAGUGUAAAUCCUGCUUUCUUCAUAUGACCUUGCUAGGAAUAAAGUAAAAAUAGUUGGAAAGAACCUUGUUCUUUUGGCAAAGGCAGUUUUAAUUAGCAGAAUCCCUCUUAGUGGUAAUGUAGAAGCUUUCAUUGUGAGAUUUGUGUUAGUUUGGGGUAAUUGGUUAAUUAUCUGCCCAAAACUUGUCCAGCACAGUGGUCUGUGUUGCCAAGUAUUGCAGGGGGAGGUUUGUUAGAGGUGAUUAUGGACUAUGGCUGGUAUAGCAUCAUCUGUGAUCUGCUUUUGGCUGAAAGGCAUCAGUGGGUGAGGGAGAAAAUAACAGAACUGAGUCUUUGCCCCAGGCUAUGUGAGUAUGAUCUGUACAUCUCUCCUGGGACUCUGCAGCAAUGGUCUCACCAUUGUUCCAUUCUCUGGAUAGCUUCCAAAACUGACACUGAGUAAGGUAUUAUUUCUGAUAUGUGCAAUGUAAUAUAAACUUCCAGAAAAAAAAAAAAUAGAGGAAACUUUAAUCUGAUGAAAAUCCAUCGUGUAUUGGUAGAAAAUGCUUGUCAAACACAGAUUCAUAUUUUUUUUUAAAGUCUCAGCCAACUUAAUUUGACUAUUUGAGAUCCUUCUGCCAUCUUCAUUACUCUUUAUGAAGCAGAUAGCAGUAGGACAGCAGUGUGCUGCAAAGGACAGUGCUUUAGGUAUUUUUAUACCACCUGCUUGUGACACGUGAGGCUGAGACAAGUCAGUGGUUCGUUUCUCUGGUAUUCCAUCAGUCGUGAAUUUGCAGUAGGAUGAAAAACACCCAACUAGUGUGGAACUGACUUCUGCUUCCUCUGAUGUGGUUAGGGAAUAGGGAAAGGAUUACUGUCUGCUUAGCAAAUGAGCUUCGUACUUUAAAACUAAUCUUAUUUUGGCUUCUGUGUUAUGGAUCUCUGAACUCCAUUCAACAUUUCAUAGGGUUGCUGUGUACCUUUAUCUUUCAUAGGAUAACUUGAUCAGGCUAUAAAUUAGAGAACAGAGCCUGGCUAAAAGGGCACGUCAAACUCUUAGAGAAAAUAUACAAGAUUCAGUAAUUGGAAGCUUGGAAAAUUCAUAAUGCAGUUAAGUCUCUUGACAGCAAAGAAAUAAUUCAAGCUUAGGCUUUCGUAGAGUUAUUAAAGCUGCAGACUGAAGGGCAGCUGCAUUAGCAAGAGUUGGUCUAAUUCAAACAAGAACUCAAGUGGCAGGACCUGAAAAAUCUGGCUUAGGUGGUAAAUCAGGCUGGGUAUUCUUUUUGUCCCUGACUUUACAGGUACUACUGUUUCAGUUCUCUAGGCCUUCAGCUCUGACUAUUGUACUACCCGUGCCUGUAGUUGAUAGAACUGUGAACCCUCUGUGAACCCAUGUGUCCAUAAAUACAUGCUGAAAUCUCGGAGUUUCAGUCUUUGUUUUGAUGCAACUUUUGUCUUUAAAUUUUUUUGAAAAAUGAUUUCUUUCUCAUAUCUCAUUUUAUAACCUGUUUCUCAAAUAAAGGCAAUUGGCUUUCUUUUUUUUGUCAGGUGAAGUACCCCAGCUUUUUCUUGUGUGCCACUGAAAAUAAUUUAGA